GUAUUAUCAUUGUUCAUCUAUCAUUUUUCCUAUGGAGAGUUGUUGGAUUCUGUUUGCCUUACUAUAUGCAGCUGCAGUAGCCUUCAUCUCAAAAAUACUCCAAUACCGCUCGGAAUCGAAGCGUAGAACCCCACCGGGCCCAAAACCAUGGCCUAUAAUAGGCAAUUUGAACCUUCUUGGCUCAAUCCCACAUCAAUCCCUCCACCAUUUAUCCCAAAAAUAUGGUGAAAUUAUGCAGCUAAAGUUGGGAAAAUUCCCAGUUGUGGUGGCAUCAUCUCCCGAUAUGGCCAAACAGUUCCUGAGGGUGCACGACGCGAGCUUCGCCUCCAGGCCCCUGCUGGCCGCUGGCAAAUACACCAGCUACAACUACAGGGACCUUGUGUGGGCCCCUCACGGCCCAUACUGGCGUCAGGCUCGCCGAAUCUACACCUCCGAGGUCUUCAGUGCUAAGAAGCUCGAGCUCUACCACCAAGUUCGUGCUGAUGAGAUGCACAAUUUCCUCUCAGCCCUCUCUGGGAAGACUCUCGUGCUCAAAGACCAUUUGUCGCGUUAUAGCUUGUCAACUAUCUGGAGGAUGAUUUCAAGAGACGAAUAUUUUAGUGAAUCAAACCCUGUUCUAAAUAUGGAUGACUUGCAUGAGAUGGUGGAUGAGUGGUUUAUGCUCUCUGGAGUUGUCAAUAUCGGCGACUGGAUCCCGUGGCUCGCCCCCUUUGAUCUCCAGGGUUACGUCAAGAAAAUGAAGGCUUUGAACAACAAAAUGGACAGCUUUUACAACUAUGUCAUCGAUGAUCAUUUAGCUAGACGAGCUGCCCAGAAACACCAAUUCGCCCCCACCGAUUUUGUAGAUGUUUUGUUGCAGAUGGCUGAGGCUGGUCAGCUUGAAGUUGAGCUCACAAGGGAUUGUGUCAAGGCAUUGAUACAGAAUUUGAUCGUUGGUUCCAUGGAUACGUCUGCGACGACGAUCGAAUGGGCUGUACACGAAAUCCUGAGACAGCCGCACAUAAUUGAGAAGGCGAAGGAAGAGCUAAACAGGGUGAUCGGAAGAAACAGAUGGGUGGGAGAGGACGACUUGGGUCGACUGCCUUACCUAGAAGCCGUUGUGACGGAGACGUUCAGGCUCCACCCGGUGGGCACCAUGUUAGCCCCGCAUUACGCGAUUCAAGACUGUAACGUUGCCGGAUACAACAUAUCAAAGGGGACGACGGUUUUCAUCAACGUGUGGAGCAUAGGCAGGCAAGCGGGGGCGUGGGACUCGCCCGAGGAGUUCUUGCCGGAGAGGUUUCUGGGCAGGGAAAUCGACAUGUUGGGAGGCGAUUUCGCGUUGUUGCCAUUUGGCUCGGGCAGGCGGGUAUGCCCCGGAUACAACCUCGGACUCAAGGUUGUUCGAACAACGUUGGCUAAUUUGUUGCAUGGAUUUGAUAUGAAAUUAGUUGAUGGCAUGAGGCCUGAAGAUGUGUCUCUGGAGGAGGAGUAUGGACUUAGCACGCAUCCUAAGCAUCGUCUUGCCUUACUCAUGGAGCCUACUCUGCCACCACAUCUCUACUAAAUUAUGUUGGUGUAACUGCUAGAAUACAUGAGCUCGUGUUUGUUUUUCAAGCAUAUAGUAUAGUAUGUGCCAUUUGAGCACUAGAUAUAUGAAAUAAAUUGAAAUUGUGUUUUGUGUAUCUGUCAUCAUAAGCUUUGUUUUGAGUUCAAAAACAGAGAGUUAUACCUUAUUUGAUUUCA